GACUCAUCAGAACAAAUAAAAUUGUGUUUCAAUGCUAAAAUCAGCUCACUCUUGUGCUAGAAUUCUACUUUAAAUGGCAAUAUUUUUGCAUCAACUUUCUUGCUAAAUUAGAUGAUAGGUCCUGGCAAGAAUUUGCUUCACACAUGCAUUGAUUGGAGAGGGAUCAAUUUACAUUUUUUGUAAAAGUUAUGUAGCAUAUAAUAUAUAAGAUCAUGAAUCCAUGUUUAGAAUAUUUGCAAGUUUUUUCAUUUUCAGCAUUGGUGUUGACAAUGAUUUGAGACCACAAGUAUCUUCUACGGAAAGAUAAUCAAGCUCGAGUCGAGUAAGAAAACUAAAGAUGCCAGACAGCAAAACUCUCUUCCCGAGUUUUAUUGUAGCUGACAUAUCGCAAGACUCAAAAUCGAGAUCACUGGUUAAACUGGAAAAAUCUCGUGCCAAAUAUUGAUCUACCUGUUUGAUGGUAAAGUGUUGACAAUGACAGUUAUUUUAACAGUGGUGUUAUUAUUUGUUGGAUUUGUGUUCCUGGUCCUACUUCAUGUUUGUUUUUCCGAGAGACUCUUUAGGAGAGGAUCAAUGGUUGAGAGGGGUGCAAAUGUAGGCAGAAGCAUGUCCAUAGAUGACUUGGAGAUGCUUCCAUGUUAUGAUUAUGUUGCCAAAGGCAACACAAGCAGCCCUGUGGAUUGUGCAGUUUGCUUGGAGAACCUCAUCACAGGAGAUAAGUGCAGAUUGUUACCUAUGUGCAAGCACAGUUUUCAUGCCCAAUGUGUGGACACAUGGCUUCUAAAGACACCCAUAUGUCCAAUUUGCAGGUGUAAUGCUCAUUCUCAUAGUGGAAACCAAGUUGUAGGUAACAAUGACUACUUUGUUGCACCAAAUAGUGGGUCUAGGGAGAGCCAAAGUCAGCAACAUGACAAUAUGGUAUUGGUGCAGUUGAGAGAAAGCCUAGAAAAUGUUCCAUCCACAAAUGUUGACAUAGAAAAUCCAACAUUAGGAAGUCACAACUUGGUCAGAGAGCACUAAGUAGAUUCAACUGGAAAUCAGAUAUCAUGCUACCACUUUGCUUCAUGCUGCAGAAUUUGCAGCUUUGUGAGAGGUACCUCAAAAUGAGUAUUGUUGAGAUAUUUGAAGAAUGAUGAACGAUGAGUCUUCUAGUAUUGUCAUAGUUAUAUAUUAUGUUGUUUUGCUCCAUUUGGUUAUGUUUUAGUUUUUUUCAUUGUCUCUUUUUAAUCUUUCAAGCACAAGCAUCUCUUUGAUUGCUCGGUAGAUUAUUGAAUUGUUAACUGAAGUAAAACUUGCUUAUCUCUAGUAAAAAUAAUUUUGGUUCA